AUGGAGUCCAAAUACGACCGCGUCGCUUACCCAGAAAAUGUCUACCUCCACUCCGAUGGAGAAAUGGAAGAUUUCGGAACUGGAGUGUACCCUGUUUCCGUCAUUUCUAGAAAACCGUUUCAUGAUGACUCGAUCAACUUCGGUUGUUGCAAGGUGCGACGCAAAUUCUCCACACUAUUGAUAAUUACAGGCGUGAUUGCUCUUUUACUGGUAAUCACAAUAAGUAUUGGGAUACACGCAGCCGUGACACACCAGAAUCUGGAGCAAAAACUACCCCCAGCAUGUAGCAGUGGCGCAAACCCCAACGCUAAGGACUUCGGUCUGCUUGUACAGCCUAUGGUUGAAGAUUCGGGAUCAGCUAUCUGUUUUGAUGCCACCAAACCUAAAACAUUCCUACCAUAUCUCAACUCGUUAGAUUUCUACACACAUGCUUACAGUACAAUACCUCAGCAUGGAGAUGAUUAUGUUGACUGCACAAAUGCUACUGCGCCAGAAGGCAAAAAGUGUCGGUUUGACAUCCACAAGCUUGGCGGUCUGUGUACUCAUGGAAAGCAGUAUGGAUAUGACCAAGGUCGACCCUGUGUACUGUUGACACUGAAGAUGCCCAAGGGCAUCGUACCAGAAGUGUUUGAGAAAGAUGCUGAUAUCACAAAGACCAAGCUCCAGAAUGGCAUAUGGAGUCCUGACCAUGUUGCUGUCACUUGUGAAGGCGCGACCCCAGAGGAUAAAGCAAACAUCGGCAGUAUGACCUACAAGGGCCCAAACAAUAUUACAGAAGGCCCAAUCUACAUCAGUCCUAAGGAAGGUUUCCCAAUCAACUUUUAUAAAGGUGGAAACACAGUACUGCCAGGGGUCAUGGUGGGCUUCAAUGAUCUGAAAAUCACUAAAAAUACUUAUAUCACCAUCAAGUGUGUGGCAUGGGCUAAAAACUUCAACAACGGUGAUCCUGCUAAUUCCAUCGCAUACACCUCAACAUUCAAGUUCCACCUGAGCUGAGAGAGAACAUCAGUCACAUCACUGACAGCCUUGGAGGGGUUCCUGACACUUGUUACAAACAUACUAUAAACUUAAAGCUUUGGGUGAUAGCAUUUAAACAAACAAUUUUCUCAUGUCAAUUUGAGUUAUUACCGUCAUUGUUUUAUAGUGACCAAGAAUAUGUCUGAUCUCUAUGGUUACAAAGGGUCAGAAUAGGUCUGAUCUCUAUGGUUACAAAGGGUCAGAAUAUGUCUGAUCUCUAUGGUUACAAAGGGUCAGAAUAGGUCUGAUCUCUAUGGUUA